AUGCUACGACACGCCAUUCUCGCCUCGUGCGGCCUCGCGCUGGGCGCUCUCGCUCAGAGCGGCAGCGGCAGCAGCAGCAACUCGUCCUGCGCCGCGCGCACGCUGCACCUCGCCGAUCCGCCGUACGAAAACUACUUUUACUCGGACUGCAACGUCGACGCGCAGGCCGUGGUGACGAGCCCGCUGCCCGACAGCAACCUCAGCAUCAUCGGCCCGCGGCUCAUCGUCGCCUGGCCGGCGGGCAACAGCGGCAUCUGCACGUUUUUCCAGCCGCAGGACGGCAAGAACGGCAGCCUGGCCAUUGAGAUGGUCAACUCGACGCUGGGCACGCCGCUGGGCCCCGUGUACAGCCGCAACGCGUCGUCGCGCUCGCGCAACCCCGUCGUGGGCGUCGAGGGCGUCCUCUCCUUCAACGACACGGCGGAGCUCUCGCUGGCCAUCCUCGGCAGCGUGCGCAACAUCCGCGACUUCACCGAGGGCCCCAGCCUGCUCAGCCCCGAGAUCCAGAGCGGGAACCGCAUCGCCAAGUACAACGGCACGGGGGCGCAGAUCUCGCGCCUCUGGCUCGACAACGUGACGACGACGACGCUCACCAUCUACCCCUGGCGCAACAACGACACCGACGUGCGCGUCACCAACUCGACGGUGCGCUUCGGCGCCGGCUUCUACCGCUUCUCGGCGUCGUUCAACUACCCGCAGCUCAAGCAGCUGCAGCCCGCGCAGAUCCUCAACAACAAGUCGCAGUCGCUCGUCAAGAGCGAGCCCGAGCAGGUCACGGCGCUGUCCUUCUUCUCCUACACGGAGAAGCUGCUCGCGGGCGGAUGGCGCUUCCUGACGUACUUUGGCCGCGACACCAUGAUUGCGGCGCUGCUGCUCCAGCCGGUGCUCAGCACGGGCAACGGCACGGCGAUGGAGGCGGUGCUGGGCGCGGCGCUCGAGCGCAUCAACCGCACCGACGGCUCCGUGUGCCACGAGGAGACGAUUGGCGACUACGCGACGUACCUCAACAAGCAGAAGAACAUCACCUCGACCGCCGCGGGCUUCACGUACCCGAUGAUCGACACCGACUACUUCCUGCCCAUCCUGAUGCAGCGCUACUUCAACAGCACGCCGGGCCGCGUCCGGCCGCUGCUCAACACGCGCGCGGGCAGCGUCGACGUGGCCAACAGCAACCUCACGUGGCGCGACCUGAGCUACGCGACGGCGCGCAAGAUCAUGAACCUGACGGCGGCGUUUGAGACGAACCAGACGGUCGACAACCUGGUGCACCUCAAGGACGGCGAGGUGGUCGGGCAGUGGCGCGACUCGACGUACGGGCUCGCCAACGGGCGCAUCCCCUUUGACGUCAACACGGCGCUCGUGCCGGCCGCGCUGUACGCCAUCGCGAGGCUCGCCGCCACGCCCGGCGUGUACCCCAACAACACGGUGACGCGCGACUGGGCGUCGCUGGCGUUUGCGCGCGCGCGCAUCUGGGAGGACAGCACGCUGCCGCUCUUCGAGUACAACCGCACCGUCGACAACGCCACGGCACUGCUGCAGCAGUACACGCGGCAAAACACCUUUUACAAGGGGCCGACGCACGCCGACGCGCUGGGGCGGUACUCGUCCAACGGCACCAUCGUCGACUACGGCCUCGCCAUCAACAGCAGCGACGCGCCCGACAUCAUCCCCAUCACGCACACCGACACGGCGUUUCGCAACUUUCUGCUCAACUCGACCGACGACGCGCAGCUGACGGCCUUUGUCAACGCGUCGGCCAAUGCCGUCCUGCGGCCGUUCCCCGCGGGGCUGACGACCCCCGUGGGCGCCGUCGUCGCCAACCCGGCCCUGUCGGGCGAGGAGGUGCUGACGGCCAACUUUACCAACUCGGCGUAUCACGGCACGGUCGUCUGGAGCUGGCAGCUCGCGCUCAUGGCGCGCGGCUUCGAGGUGCAGCUCGCGCGGUGCCCGGCGUCCAACGCGACGAACAACUCGACCACCACCGGCGGCAGCGCAGGCAACAGCACGUCUGGAAACAGCACGACGAGCGGCGGCGGCGGCGGCAACAGCACCAGCUCCGGCUCCGUGCCCGCCUUCUGCAGCGACAAGAGCGUCUACGGCGCGCUCAAGGCCGCGUACAACCGCCUCUGGGACGUCAUCGACGCCAACGAGGCGCAGCUGCAGUCCGAGGUCUGGAGCUGGACGUACUCGGUGUCCAACGCCACCAACGGCACCUCUUCCGGCAACAGCACCGCCGCCGGCAACGGCACCGCGCUGACCAACGGCACGGCCGGCACGGGGUACAAGUUCUCGCCGCUGGGCGUGCUGCCGCCGCCGCCGGGCGUCGCGGGCGGGACGGAGAGCAACAUCCGGCAGCUGUGGAGCCUGACCUUUUUGGCGGUGCAGCGGAACAGCCAGUUUCGCUGA